AUGGUUGUCUCUACAUUUCCACACCUGAGAGCUAGAGAUGCAAAUGCACAGGUGUUGUCGCUGGGAUGGUAUCGUGGCCAACCUGUUUCGCCCUCGCCUUUCACCUCAGCCAGUCGGAAAGGUGCACUCCUUGUUGGCGGUGAUUUGACCUCACUGUCCAUUUUGUUGCGGGGCGGCAGCGGUUCUGCUUCUGGCCCAGGUCGCCAUCUUAACGGAUCCUGUACAUGGGAAGGCACAUUUAACCCCAAGCGCUUGUUCUCUCAGUGCAGCCCUGCGCCAGGACGUGGCCUCCGUGUCCUGCAGAUAAAUGCAGCCGGCAGGCAACAACCGUGCCAGUUCACAAGGCUUUUCUCUCGUAAACCCCGUGUCAGGAACUCCGUUUCGCACGUCAUGAAUCAGCAGCAGGCCUAUUCCAACUCUCCAGCGCCAGCAGCUGGUUCAUCCAGUACUGGGGAGGCUCAGUCGCCAUGCCGGGCAUUCAUUGGCCUGGGCAGCAAUAUGGGCGACUGUAUUGCCAUGAUCGAGCAAGCAUGCCGAGAAAUGGAAGCCCGUGGUCUCAAAAUCAUACGAACUAGCAGUCUCUUCGAAACAGCGCCUAUGUAUGUGACGGAUCAGGAAAAAUUCAUCAAUGGCGUCUGUGAGAUCGAAACUACGAUGGGGCCUAUCGCGUUAUUAGACACCCUCCAGUCAAUCGAGAAAGAUAUGGGAAGACGUAAAAUUAUCGACAAGGGUCCCCGUAAUAUCGAUCUUGAUAUACUGCUGUACAAUGAUUUAAAAUUCUCACACCCUCGACUGGAAAUACCCCACAAAUUUAUGCUGGAACGGGAAUUUGUCUUGCGACCACUUUGCCAACUUAUACCCAAUGAACACCCUCCCCUAUCUGAUAAAGCCCUCUCAUUUCGGUCAUACCUAGACUCGCUUCCUCCCUCCAACCCCCCCCCAAUUGCCGUUACCCCUUUAUUCCCCCAUCUCCCACCCCUCACCCCCAGCGACCCCAAACGCGCCACCAUCAUCAUGGCUGUCCUAAACGUGACUCCAGACUCCUUCGCAGAUGGCGGCAAGCACUCACCCGAGAACAUUCCCGCACUGACUGAGACCAUCCUCAACUUUAUCAAGAACGGAGCGACCAUCAUUGAUGUAGGAGGCGAAAGCACCCGCCCUGGCUGCCCUCCCGUGACCAAAGAAGUGGAGCUUUCGCGCGUCAUCCCUACCAUACGGCUUAUCCGCUCUCUCCCCGAGGCCAACAAAAUCGCAGUCAGCAUCGACACAUAUCGCGCUAGUGUCGCGGAGGCGGCUGUUGAGGCAGGAGCAGAUAUCAUAAAUGAUAUCUCUGGAGCCACUAUGGAUCCCAACAUGCUGGCUACCAUGGCUAAACUUCAGAAGACAGUGAUCCUCCAGCACAUGCGCGGCACGCCGCAGACAAUGACCAAACUUACCGACUACAGCGCAUAUGCCGAUGGCCCUGGGGGCGGAAGCGGCAUCAUCAGUGGCAUCGCUAAUGAACUCACAAAGAGAGUCGGAGAGGCGGAAAAAGUUGGUAUGCGGCGCUGGAGAAUAAUUCUCGACCCCGGAAUCGGCUUUGCGAAGAUCCAACCCCAGAAUCUCGAGAUUUUGAGGAACGGGCAUAUUUUGAGGGGGGCAUUUGAAGAGUUGAGUUACUUCCCGUGGCUGGUGGGAACGAGUUUAAAAGGCUUUAUUGGGAAUAUUACAGGCAUUCAGACGCCUAGUGAACGGCUUUGGGGCACAGCGGCAGGCGUGACGGCUUCUAUAGGUGGUGGUGCGGAUAUCGUAAGGGUGCACAAUGUGAACGAGAUGAGGCAGGUGGUUAAAAUGGCAGAUGCGAUUUAUAGAGAUAGAGUUGAUUGA